ACGGCGGCGUCUGGCUUCAUUUGGAGUUGUUAAGUGCGACGUCAACCACUCGGAUGUGACGUCGUCAUUUGAAGAUGAGAAUUUCGAGGUCGCUUGAACGCGUCACCAACAGCUUUCUUUUUAUACGGUGAAAAACAAACCCCGAAAACAUUUGCAUUUGUUGGAUUGACGUUUGCAAUUGGCGCCUCUUUAUUUGAAUUGAGAUCCUCCGAAGAAUUGGACAACCACAUAUAACCACAGUACGUGCUAAGAGGCCACCGGCAUCAAUGUAGAGCGAUUAGCCGACUCAGACAAUGAACAGAGUGACCCUUUGUUCACAACACUCCCUAACAGCUGUCGAAAUGCUUUGUGUCAUCUGGAAAGGCCAUCCAUCCGCACAGCUCAUGAUACAUGAACAUUAAGGGAACUUGAUUACGUGCUAAGAAGGAUGGCUAGUACUGGGGAAGUAGACCAACCUGUUAGCCCACUUCCCCCAAGUAAGAAAGGCAGCGGCAGCAGCAGCGCCAGCGGCAGCAACGGUGCCGCUGGUAGCAGCGCUGAAUCGUCGUGUCCCGGUUCCAACAACACAUCGCCUGCCCUCUCUGUACCAGAGUGCGCCAUCUGUCUGCAGAGCUGCGUCCACCCAGUGCAACUCCCGUGCCAUCACAUCUUCUGUUUCCUCUGUGUGAAGGGAGCAUCCUGGCAGAGCAAGCGCUGCGCUCUCUGCAGACAGGAAGUGCCGGAUGACUUCCUGGAAAGGCCCACACUUCUCUCCCCGGAGGAGUUAAAAGCCUCUGCGGGCGGUCGGGGCGGGGAAGUGAGCGAUCACGCCUGGUAUUACGAGGGCCGCAACGGUUGGUGGCAGUAUGACGUGCGAACCAGCCGCGAGCUGGAAGACGCUUUCUCCAAGGGCAAGAAAACGGCUGAGAUGCUCAUCGCCGGCUUUUUGUAUGUGGCCGACUUGGAGAACAUGGUGCAGUACAGGCGCAAUGAGCACGGACGCAGACGCAAGAUGAAGCGGGAUGUUUUGGAUAUUCCCAAGAAGGGUGUGGCCGGACUGCGUUUGGACACCGAGGCUCUCACGGCGGCGGCGGCAGGGAGAGAAAACUCUGCCGACGGAGCCGACACCGCGGCGGCUGGCGGCGGCCCUUCUACUACGCCGGCCCCUCCGCCCGCUGCCAGACCCCCUGCUUCCUUGGGCGCUCAACCUGGCACCAGCCCCUCUCCGGAGGACGCCCUCUCACAACUGCAAAUCAGCCACAGGCCCACUCCAUUACACGAGCGAUCCGGGGAAGGAGAGGAAGAAGACCAAGAGGACGAGGCUUUACCCUCCAGAUCUUCUGAAUCGGCCUCCUUAGACUGGAGCGACGACGGGGAAGAAGAUCACCACCAAGGGGAGGGAGGAGGUAACGGCGAGAACGUGGAGCCGUGGGAGGAUCGGCGGCAAAGACUGAAUCCGGAGGACAGGGCCCUCCUCCCCGGCGCAGACUCCGUUUUGCCCCUUUUGUCAUCGACGGGCGCAAGGUCCCGAAUGCCCGAUGGUCAGUGUACAGUGACUGAGGUGUGAGCUUUUUGCAUCGUCCAAUUACUCUUCUGUUAAUUUAUUCUAUCCUUUUGGGUUCUCGUUCGUUCAUUAUUUGGCGCGUUUUCCAGCAGCUCUGUGCGACCGGCUGCCUGCCUGCCUGCCUGCCAAGUCGAAACACGCAUGGAACUCCUCACUCCACUAACUCCCAAAUUAGUUUGUUUCAGAUUUAGCAAAUUCUCUGUGCACUUUUUCUAUGUGAACUCAUCUUGAGGCUUACAACAUGGUAAAGGCUACUGAAUUAAUGAUUUUAUUGCCCAUUGACUUUUGAUAUCAGCAUUCCAUCUGUCAAGUGCAAAUUGUUCAGAUCUUGAAAUCUUCACCGGCGUGGAGCUAAAAUGAAGUCAAACUGGUGCAUGUUUGAAGAGAGAGAGAGAGAGAGAUUUUGUUUCACCAGGCAAAAGGCUCUUGUUGGCUUUGUGCAACGUGCGAGAUGACGAUGCCAUUCCAAAUCACAAAGUUUCAACUUUUAUUCUACAUGCUUGGGUUAUCUCCGUUGGGAAUGCAUUUUUUGCUAACAGUUUUCGCUUGGCAUUUUUUUAUGUUUUUAAAUUAAUAAAUGGUCAUUUCAUCGUUC